AAUGCAGCCUUCUACCAGGCUCUCUGUGAACAGGAGGGCUGGGAUAUGCCAAUCAACUAUAGCAAGACACAUGGCAGGAAAGAGGAAGAGAAAGAGAAAGAUCCAUUGAGCUCCCCAGAAAACCUGGAGGAAAAAAAGUAUCCAGGAGAUGUCUCCAUACCGAGUCCAAAACCCAAGCUCCAUCCAAGAGAUCUCAAGAAGGAACUCAUCACCUGCCCGACUCCAGGAUGUGAUGGCAGUGGUCAUGUAACAGGAAACUAUGCAUCACAUCGCAGUGUUUCCGGGUGCCCAUUAGCCGACAAGACAUUAAAAUCCCUUAUGGCUGCCAACUCUCAAGAGCUUAAGUGUCCCACACCUGGUUGUGAUGGCUCUGGUCAUGUGACUGGAAAUUAUGCUUCACACAGAAGCUUGUCUGGUUGCCCUCGUGCCAGGAAAGGUGGUGUCAAAGUUACUCCUACCAAGGAAGAAAAAGAAGACCCUGAACUUAAAUGUCCAGUGAUAGGCUGUGAUGGCCAAGGUCACAUAUCAGGUAAAUACACUUCUCAUCGCACUGCUUCUGGUUGUCCUUUGGCUGCCAAGAGACAGAAGGAGAGUCCUCUCAAUGGGUCUUCAUUAUCCUGGAAACUGAACAAACAAGAGCUGCCACACUGUCCUUUGCCAGGCUGCAACGGGCUGGGUCAUGUAAAUAAUGUUUUUGUCACCCACAGAAGCUUGUCAGGGUGUCCUCUGAAUGCACAAGCCAUAAAAAAGGGCAAAAUCUCAGAAGAACUAAUGACUAUCAAGCUUAAAGCAAGUGGGGGUAUCGAGAGUGAUGAGGAAAUCAGACACUUGGAUGAGGAAAUAAAAGAACUGAAUGAAUCCAAUCUUAAAAUUGAAGCUGACAUGAUGAAACUUCAAACCCAGAUCACAUCUAUGGAGAGCAAUCUGAAAACAAUAGAAGAAGAGAACAAACUUAUAGAGCAGAACAACGAGAGCCUGCUGAAGGAAUUAGCUGGCCUAAGCCAAGCCCUCAUCACCAGCCUUGCCGACAUUCAGCUUCCACAAAUGGGGCCAAUCAGUGAGCAGAACUUCGAAGCAUAUGUAAAUACACUCACAGACAUGUACAGCAAUCUGGAACGGGACUAUUCCCCGGAAUGCAAAGCUCUGCUGGAAAGUAUCAAACAGGCAGUGAAGGGCAUCCAUGUGUAGGAUGUGAAGGCUGCUGGGCAACAGAAAUUACUUAACAGCAGUAAACUCCAGAUGGAUCUGUUAGGAGUUCAUGUACUGCUAAGGCGUGUAGGUUGCCGUGCUGCAUUUACAAUUGCAACAUUGCACUAAUUUUCCCAGCUGACAUAAAAAGGAAGGAAAACACAACAGACUAUUUGUAUUAACAGCAAUGCACUCAAUUAAUAUAUUGUAUUUAUUUCAGUACAAUUCCUUUUUUUCCUUCUUUUGCACUCAGUUUUUGUAAAGUGAAUGUAAAAAGUGUGUGCAACUAUUUUUUAUAUUUUUAUUUAUUUCUAAUCAAAGAGUUGUGUUUUUUUAUCUUUUAACAGCAUUUUUGCGGCCUGCCAUAUUUUUACAAAUGUGUUUAUUAAUUUAUUUUCCAAUGGGAUUUUAAAUAGACUGAAAGUUAUACUGUAAAUUAAAUAUCUUGCUGGGUUUGUACAGGAAGAAAAAAAAUACUAUGAAAGUAACAAAUGACCGAACUGUUGUUCUAGUUUUAUUUUCAUCACAUCCUGCUUUUUUAUAAUGGCUUUGUAUCAGAAAUGGGUUUGCAGUAACAUAAGAUGUGAGGAAGCAAGGAAUGAAAAGAUAAAUGGCUCCCACUAGUGGGGAACCUGCGCUCUAAAAAGCACAGUUUGCUGGAACACAGUGUGUUGAAGAAUUUGUUAGCAAUAAUGAAAUAUAGCAAUCAGCAAAGCAUUUGACUUGGCUGUGUGUUUUAGCCUACGCAAACAAUUAUUUAAAAUGUUUCAAAAGAACUUCAGAAUUAUUUUAACAAUGCAGUUUUUUUUCCAAGUUAGUUCAGAGAGAAAAACUAAUCAUCCCUGAACAAGAGAGAUGAUUUGAUACGACUAGUACUUUUUUAGUACAAUAUGUUGUUACAUUAGACAAGCGACCAAUAUGAUUAUGCAUUUGUAUUUGCAAAACACAAAAGCAUCCAAACUGAAGAUUUUGUACAUACCAGUUAAUCCAACAAAUCUCCCCUGAAAUGGCAUUUAUCGUACUAGUUGGAACUGAGAGAAGCUUAGAAGGCGGCAACCUGGAGAAAAAUAAUACUCCAGUCUCACUGUAAUUGGUUUUCUCUUAACCUGAACUGUAGCAAUGCACUGGUUGGUUUAAACCCCUCCUUAUACACAAAGACAAUGUUGGUAUUGAAUCGGUUGCCAGUCUUUUGGUAGGGUGCCAAGUGCUACAGUACAUAUGGACA